GGGCAGCAGGUCCGAUGGCACCACCUUCGGCUCCGCUCCUCCCGCGGGCAUCCAGAGAGGCUGGACUUACUCGGAGAAGGGGCAGGAGGCCAAGGGCCUUGAAGUUCGCGGACGUGGCCGUGUACUUCUCCUCGGAGGAGUGGGGGUGUCUGCGGCCCGCGCAGAGGACUCUGUACCGGAAUGUGAUGCGCGAGACCUACGGCCUCCUGGGCGCGCUCGGAUGCGCAGGUCCCAAACCAGCUCUCAUCUCCUGGUUGGAACGAAAUACCGAUGAUUGGGAACCAGCAGCCCUAGAUCCGCAGGAGUACCGGAGAUGGGUAACAUUCCACAGAAAAACCAGAACCAGGCAGAAGAAUGAAGAGAAGGAAGUAUUCCCACUGAAGGAAGCACCCCGAAAGGGGAAACGGGGGCGGAAGCCCAGCAAACCCCGGCUGAUUCCCAGGCAGACUUCCGGGGGCCCCAUCUGCCCUGACUGUGGCUGUACUUUCCCUGACCACCUCGCCCUGGAGAGCCACAAGUGCGCCCAGAACCUGAAGAAGCCCUACCCCUGCCCGGAUUGUGGGCGCCGCUUUUCCUACCCAUCCCUGUUGGUCAGUCACCGGCGGGCACACUCUGGUGAGUGCCCUUACGUUUGUGACCAGUGUGGCAAACGUUUUUCCCAGAGGAAAAACCUGUCUCAGCACCAGGUCAUACACACAGGCGAGAAGCCCUACCACUGCCCUGACUGUGGCCGCUGCUUUCGCCGGAGCCGGUCCUUGGCCAAUCACCGGACCACGCACACUGGCGAGAAGCCUCAUCAGUGCCCUAGUUGUGGGCGUCGCUUUGCCUAUCCAUCUCUGCUCGCUAUCCACCAACGGACACACACAGGAGAGAAGCCCUACACAUGUCUGGAGUGCAGCCGUCGCUUCCGCCAGCGCACUGCCCUGGUCAUCCACCAGCGCAUCCACACGGGAGAGAAGCCUUACCCGUGUCCAGACUGUGAUCGGCGUUUCUCCUCCUCCUCUCGCCUGGUUAGCCACCGGCGUGUGCACUCUGGGGAGCGGCCCUAUGCCUGUGAGCACUGUGAAGCCCGCUUUUCUCAGCGCAGCACCCUGCUCCAGCACCAGCUCUUGCACACAGGCGAGAAACCCUACCCCUGCCCUGACUGUGGACGUGCCUUCCGAAGGAGCGGCUCCUUGGCCAUCCAUCGCAGCACCCACACUGAGGAGAAACUGCACGCCUGCAAUGACUGUGGCCGCCGCUUUGCCUAUCCCUCACUGCUCGCCAGUCAUCGGCGCGUGCACUCAGGGGAGCGGCCCUAUGCCUGUGACCUCUGCUCCAAACGCUUUGCCCAGUGGAGCCACUUGGCGCAGCACCAGCUUCUGCACACUGGGGAGAAGCCUUUCCCCUGCCUCGAGUGUGGCCGGUGCUUCCGCCAGAGGUGGUCCCUGGCUGUCCACAAGUGCAGCCCCAACACUCCCAAUGGUAGCCCUAGACCUCUUAUAGGAGGGCCCAGCCAGAGGAGCAGCACUCUUUAGCAUGACAAAGACUACAGAAAGUCACAUUAUGGAGCGGUGCAAAACUCAGGAGCAGCUGCCAGAGGUCUUAAGGAAGGGAGCAGACCCAAAACCCUGGGCCCCUGCUCCAGAGCCUGAACUCCAGUGUAUUCCACCACACUGGUGUCCUAUAGCACGUCUGAAGCUUUCAUCAGGAGAGGCGAUGCCAUUUGAUUAAAGUUUUCCAAGCUAA